AUGGAUGAACGUCCCAAAUGGUUAGAAGUAAAAUCUGUCAAUGAGCUGAAAACCAAGCUUGGUCAUGUCAUAGUGAUGCUUCUUCUCAUUGGCUUGUUUGACAAGAGUAAGAAGGCAGCUUUACACACUCCUUUUGAUUUGCUUUGCUUCUCAGCUUCUCUACUUCUUUCAUCUGGCUGCUUGUAUCUACUAUCAAAGCUUAACGGCUCAGAGUGA